AGCAUUAGUUCCCAAGGUGACGUCAGGCUGGGGCUGGGCAGAGCCGCUGGAAAACAUGUAACGGUGUAAAGAUACGCUGCACCUACCCACGACAUCCUUUACUGAGGCUCAAUUCACCAACAGAGACAAAUUCCCUUCUAUCACAUUGGGACUUUAUGGGGUGGUGGGGAAGGCCUAGUCCCCCACCUUGAUCAGGCCAGACACCCCACAGAUCCUCCCCUACCCUACCCAUGGACAAACAAGGAGCCAUGAGUACAUCAGGCAAGAUCAGUGGGCUCAAACCCCCCAGCAAAAUAGCCCGUCCAUCUGGGGUACCAUCAAAGACGUCGCCAUCUUCAGGUACUCCAAAGCCAGUUCCUCCAGAGAAGUCCCCCGGCAGUGUGACCUCCCCAACCCAGGAUGGAAGUGCGGACUUCCAGGUUGGAGAGAGGGUCUGGGUCAACGGCGAUAAGCCCGGCUACGUGCAGUUCAUCGGGUGCACGCAGUUUGCUCCCGGGCAGUGGGCGGGGAUUGUGCUGGAUGAGCCUAUCGGGAAGAACGACGGUUCAGUGGCAGCGGUCCGGUACUUCCAGUGUGAGGAUGGGAAGGGGAUAUUCACCCGGCCUUCAAAGCUAUCCAAGACUGCACUGCCAGAGAGGCAGGCAAACGGGGGGCAGGCCAGUCCAGCACCAGGACCCUCUGCAACAAGCGAGUCUGCACCUGCUGCCACUGCUUCAACUGCUCAGGGCAGUGGCAUAAAGACAAGUGCUGCACUUAACCGAAUGCUCACAUCCAGCGAGUCAGUGUCUAACGUCUCAGACACAGAAUCCAUGAAGAAGAGGAGGGAGCUGAGGCUCGGAGACCGUGUGCUGGUUGGUGGUAACAAGGCAGGAGUUGUGAAGUUUCUGGGAGAGACAGACUUUGCCAAGGGAGCGUGGUGCGGAGUGGAACUAGAUGAACCACUUGGCAAGAAUGAUGGAGCUGUAGCAGGAACCAGAUACUUUCAGUGCUUGCCCAGGUAUGGGCUGUUCGCUCCGGCCCACAAGGUGACACGUAUCGGCUUCCCCUCCACCACACCGACCAAGGGGAAGAACUCACGGAGGAGGUCCACCCUCAAGAGAAGCCCGAGUGCUUCCUCCAUCAGCUCGCUCAGCUCCGCCACCUCCUCCAUCAGUGGCAAGCCAAGCCGAGCAGGACUGCUCACAGAGACAUCUGCUCGAUAUGCUCGUAAGAUCUCUGGCACUACAGCGCUGCAGGAGGCUCUGAAGGAGAAGCAGCAGCACAUCGAACAGCUGCUAGCGGAGAGAGACCUGGAGAGAUGUGAGGUGGCGAGGGCGACGAGCCAUGCGGGAGAGGUGCAGCAGGAGAUGCAUCAGCUGAGGAAAGGACGGGAUCAGUAUGCAGUGGAGAUGGAGGCAAAGUUGGAUCAGCUGCGUUCUCUGGUGGAGGCAGCAGACAGAGACAAAGUGGAGCUGUUGAACCAGCUGGAGGAGGAGAAGAGAAAAGUGGAAGAUCUGCAGUUCAGCGUGGAAGAGGCCUGCAUCACCAGAGGAGACCUGGAGACGCAGACCAGGCUGGAGCAUGCCCACAAUAAGGAGCUUGAGCAGAGCCUGCUCUUUGAAAAGACCAAAGCUGAAAAACUCCAGAGGGAUUUAGAGGACACUAGGGUGGCCACAGUGUCUGAGCGCUCCAGGAUCAUGGAGCUGGAGAGGGAGGUGGCCGACCUCCAGCUCAGGCUCAGGGCGUCCCAGCAAAAAGAGGAUGCUGUGUCUCUGUCCCAGCAACAGAUCAGCAGCCUCAAGGCCCAGGCACAGUCUCAGGAGAAAAAGAUCAGCGAGCUGAGUGUCGACGUUGAGAGCAAACAGAAAGAGCUUCAGUCUGUGCAGCAAGAUAAGAGCUCACUGGAACAGCAGCUGACCAGCCUGAAACAAGAACUCGAGACAGCUGAGGAGGAGAACAGGAGGACAGCGAAGAUCAUGCAAGAAUUGGAGCAGAGUGUGGAGCAGUCAAAGAAAGACCACCACAUCCUGAGAGAGGAGAGUCAGUGCAGGGAGAAAGAGCUGACACAGGCUACCGAAAAGUCCCAGAGGACGGCGCUGUCGCAUGAGAAGAUAACUGAUGCGAACAAGACGCUGGAGACGCAGCUUGAGGCUUUAAAACAGCAGAGCUCCAAGUACCAGGAGGAGCUCAGUCUGUCGAAGGAGCGGAGCAGCUCAGAAAACCAGCGAAUCGGAGUCCUCUGCAAGGAGAUUGAGGAGCUGAAGCUGGCCUCCCAGAAGUCUCUGCAUCUUGAGGAGCACUAUGAGGACCGCAACAGCCAACAGCCAGACAUGAAGACCAGAGAAACCAUCUCUAAUCAGGAAACAGAGGGGGAAAUAAACUUCCAGAAAUCCACAGGAGCCUUAAUCUCAGACAAAGACCGGGAACUGGAGACUCUGAGGAACGAGAUCGUCGUGCUUCGAGGAGAAAACGCCACGGCCAAGACGCUGCAGUCGGCCGUGGAGACGUUGGAGAGAGACAAAGCUCAGCUGCAGAGCCGCCUUCACAAACUGGAGCAAAGGCUCAUGGGAACGCAGGCCUCAGAGGGAGAAGACUGGGACGCUCCAGCCUCAGGCGACGCAGCUCUGGAGCAGCUGAGGGAAGAGAAGGAGUUCGCUGAGGGGCAGAUCAACUUCCUGAACAGUGUGAUCGUGGAUCUGCAGAGGAAGAACGAGGAGCUGAAGAUCAAACUGAAGAAGCUCGCUCUGGUUGAGUUCAACGGCAACGAAGGGACUGAUAAGUUUGUCGAAGGUGUGUCAAAGCAGGAAAAAAAGGCGACUCCACGUCUAUUCUGCGAUAUCUGCGACUGCUUUGAUCUCCACGACACGGAGGACUGUCCCACUCAGGCCCAGAGCCCCGACGCUGUACCUCACACCACCUAUCACGGCAACCCGGCCAACGAGAGGCCCUACUGCGACAUCUGCGAGGCCUUCGGACACGCCACGGAGUCCUGCAACGAUGAUCAGACCUUCUAGUAGCUCCAAAAUAUCUUUUACCUGCAUUUAAAUUCCUUCUCUUAACACAACUCACCUUUUACUCUCCCGCUACAUUUCCCACAAUCCCGCCCGACUAAUUCACAUCAGAUUUUUCCCAUAUUGUAUUUUUAUACUGUAUUUAUGCAUAUCUCUGGUAGCCACUGUCCUGAUCUAAGUCCUUUUACUCUGCAGCUCUUUUCUCUGAAGAUAAACUGUAAUGCACAAUGCUCGUCCAAAUAUGCUGCUUUGGUGCAAUAUUGAUGUUUAUAACAAAAAGGAAUCCGUCCUCUGCACUCAACCUUUUUAUCGUGUUGUUUUGCAUUUAAGUUUGUUUCUAAAAUAAGAAUAAGUGUUGUUUUUUUUGGGCUUUAUUUUUCACAUAGCAGAAAAUUAUGCAACUCAAUUAAGCACAGUUCAAACUAAAAGGGAAAAUGAAGCUCCUCUCUGACAUUCCUGUCUUCUGUAUGACAUUCCUCAAGUCUGUACGACUGCAAACCAAUCAGAGAGCGAUACUGCCAUGUCAAACGUUUUACACAUUUUGUUAGUAAUAUUUUACGAUGCGUAUCAACCUGCGACGGAGUAUUAGGGUCAGGAAAAAAAUUCUAAUCUAAGAUGUCAAGAAAUAAGAUAUAAUAUUUUGAGAACAAGGUAGAAUUUUACAAAGAAUAUUUAGUAAUUUUUCAAGUGUUUUUAAAUUAAAGUCAAAUGUUUGAUGCACACCAGAAUAUUUCAGGGUUUAGUCUUAAUGUUAAAAUGUUGUAGAAUUUCCUGACACCCUAUAUAUUAUGUACAGUUGCUUUUUUACUACGUUUUUAAUCCUAUUAUAACUUUUUAUUUUUCUCUAAAUAUUAGGGUGUUAUUCUUUAACUACUUUAAAUGUAUUCUCUAUUAUUAAAUAUAACUUAUUUUCAACCUUUUAUGACUUAAUUCUGAAACGUUAACCCUUUAUUGUUGAAAAAUUAUGACUUUCCCCUCAAUAUUACAACUUUAUUCAAGAAAUGUGACAUCUUUAUUCUUGUAAUAUUACAACUCUAGUCUCUAAAUAGUAAUACUUCAUUCUUUUUUUUAAAUAAUUCUCAAAAUAUUACAAAUUAAUUUACAAAAUUCUGACUUUUCUUGAAAUAUUCACAGAAAUAUAUUGACUGUAUUCUCGAAUAAAAAAGGUUUUUGAACAUACUUAAACGUAAUAACUUUAUUUAACGUAUUAGUAGUUCGACUUUUUUAUGGCCCUAUUACUCUGUCAUAAUCAACCUAAAUUUGAAUCUAUGGAAAACUAAUAAUACUGUAAUAAUGUAACGUGUUCAGUUCAGUGUUGACGUUGGAAAUUGUAGCGUCCAAUGUUAUUGACUUUAUUCCAGAGCUUUCAACUGCAUCUCCCUGUCCUCCUCAGUGGAGUUUAAAGAGUUAACUGUGUUUACUCCGUCUGCUGUAGAAGACCGUGAGAUGCAAAGGAAGUCAAAAAAACCAUAAUGUAAACGUCGACUUAAAGGGACACUCACCAGCUUUUUACACUCAAAGGUCAGUUUACUUCUUUGUGUUCAACAAAACGAUCUCACCACAAAAUCCAUUUAGCGGUUCUGGAGCUUUUGUCAAAAUCCUAAUAUCUUCAUCAGCAGGAGUUUCAGGUGUGUCACUUUAAGGACUUCUCGUCUAUGUUGCCGUUAGAUUUGAGAUUUAAAGUUCAUCUACAAGUGCGUGACAGUGUUGCAUCAAAAGCUCCAGAGCAGAAACUACAUGGACCUUGUGAUGAGAUGGUUUUUUGUGUAAUCACGUUUCCAUAGAUCAUCAUGCAGGUUAAUAUCCUCGAUUAAUACCACUGAAGGUUACAGAGGAUUCGUUGUAGUUGUUGCAUUUUGUUAUUUAUUGUCUGAUCGUUCGCUAACCAGUGACAUUCCUACAGGGACAUAAGCUAGCACUGAUUGAAGGUGUAUAGUCUGUACUAGGACUACUGUAGUACAGGUGGGCUUUUGAAAUGCAUAUGCCUCAUGUUACAGGAUGAAAACUUACCAGAUGAAACUGUAGAAGCCUCUACUAACUUAGUUAUUUUUGCACUGUCCACUUUAAAGAUUCAGCAGAAACAAACCGCGCUUUAACUUUAUGAUUCUAAACAAAAGUGAAUUUAUCUUAAAGGUCAGUACAGAUUAUUCUGUGUGCUGUCCGAUUUCAUACUGCCCUCUUUGACGCUAAAGUUUGACAUUUUCAGAAAUACUCUUAUUCACUUUCUGGCGAGUUAGAUGAGAAGAUCGACGCCCCUUUCUCGUCUGUACGCUAAACAUGAAGCAAGUGAAGGCAGGUUAGCUUAGCUUAGCACAGAGUCUGUAAACGGGGGAAAUGACCGCUGCUAUUCUAGCCUUUUACUGUAUGUAUGUUUCCUACAAAAUGACAUUACCAUACAACUAAACUGCUUUCUCAAUUACUUUCUAAGGGAAACGUAUUAAAACAAAACAAAACUACUUGGUUAGGUUUAGUAAAAGAUCCUGGUUUGGCUUUAAAUAAGUCUUAUAACAGUAUUUAAGUUACGGUCGUAAUUCAAAAUAAGUCAACGUUAACUUAGGUCAACCAUUCACAGGAAUCUGUGUGUGAAUUUGGCAACGUAACACACCUGAAUCUCUGAUUCCAGUCUAGUUGCAUUGUGGGUAAUGUAGGCGCAGAAAUACGUUGAUUAAAACAGAUGAUAUCUCUGGUUCUGCUUCAUAGAUUAUUAUCUUUUUCUUUUUUUACUGUCCAUCCUGGGUCUGGCAAUGUUAUAAGACAGCAAUGAUACAUUUGUAGAUUACUCCUUUAAUAUACAGAGAUAUCAAUCCUCCCAUCUAACUCUCUACCGGACAGUGAAAAAGCACAUUUCUCAAAAUGUCAAACUAUUCCUUCAAAUAAUUCCUGUAUAGCGACAUGUAUUUGACUUAUCUUGUUCUAGAGCACAAUAUUUGGAUCAUAUUGAAUCUUCCAGUGUAACAGUGUAUUUUAAUACAUGAUGUGACUAACCAUUAACAUGAAGUCUUUGUAAAUACUAAUCAGAGGCUUCCUUCUGAUAGAUGUGUACACAGCGCCAUGAGACGAGAGAUAGCUUUUAUGUGUACUACAUUUUAUUUUUCUGGCUGUUGAUAAAGACUGAUGUUGUUUAAGGAGAAAAAAAAAAAAGCCCAUUUGUAUAGACUUUAAAACAUUCUGUACUUUAUAAGUGAUGCGUCUAAUUAUUAUUAGUGUAAUGUUUUAUAUAUGUAACUAUUUCAGGCACUAUCUAGAAAUGGUUUUGAAACUAUUUUACA